ACCGUCAAGGGCAAGGAGAUUGAUAUUAAAGAUGUGAUAACAAUAAAUCCUGAGUUAUCAGAAGAACUACCUGCUGCUGAUGUGAAAGAGAACCUUCCUUUGCAAGAGAAUGUAAGCGUACAGAAACAGAAGCGCAGAUCUACCCUUUCAAAAAUCCCUGCUCCACGGGAAGCUGUGCGUGGCCGUUCCAGGAUGUCUGUUAUCGCAGAAUCUCAGUGCAGCCUCCAGGAAAAUGAGAUGGGGGUAGAUCCCUGCACUUCUGCACAAACCAGAAACAAUGCAUCCAUUCCUGUUCGGAGAAGAUCCAACAUUGUGAAAGAGAUGGAGAAAAUGAAAAACAAGAGGGAAGAAAAGAGAGCUCAAAUCAGUGAAAUCAGGACAAAGCGUGCACAGGAAUUUGACAGCAGCUGUCCAAACUGGGAGUUUGCGAAGAUGAUUAAGGAAUUCAGAGCAACUCUAGACUGCCAGCCAAUAUGUAUAACUGAUCCAAUAGAAGAACAUAGGAUUUGUGUCUGUGUGAGGAAGCGCCCUCUCAAUAAGCAAGAACUGCAAAAAAAGGAAUGUGAUGUUGUUACUGUUCCAAGCAAGUGUGUCCUGCUGGUGCAUGAGCCAAAGCAGAAAGUGGACCUAACAAAAUACCUUGACACUCAGGCAUUUAGAUUUGACUUUUCAUUUGAUGAAUCCUCUUCUAAUGAAAUGGUAUACAGGUUCACUGCUAGACCUCUUGUGGAGACCAUCUUUGAGGGUGGGAAGGCAACAUGUUUUGCUUAUGGCCAGACAGGCAGUGGCAAGACACAUACUAUGGGUGGAGACUUCUCUGGGAGAACACAGAAUGCCUCAAAGGGCAUAUAUGCUUUUGCAUCUCAAGAUGUCUUCCUCCUCCUAAACCAGCCCAGGUACAGGAGUCAGGAACUGGAAGUCUAUGUGACCUUCUUUGAAAUAUACAAUGGAAAGGUGUUUGACCUCUUGAACAAGAAGACAAAGCUUCGAGUCCUGGAGGAUGGCAAGCAGCAGGUCCAGGUCGUUGGUCUCCAAGAGAGACAAGUCAGCUGUGCUGAGGAUGUCAUCAGAAUGAUUGAGAUGGGCACUGCCUGCAGGACAUCUGGGCAGACAUUUGCAAAUGCCAGCUCUUCCCGGUCACAUGCCUGCUUCCAAAUCCUGCUACGUCGAAGAGGGAAACUGUUUGGCAAAUUUUCCUUAGUGGAUCUGGCAGGGAACGAGAGGGGUGCAGACACAUCUAGUGCUGAUCGACAGACACGAAUGGAAGGUGCAGAGAUCAAUAAAAGCUUGCUGGCUUUGAAGGAAUGUAUUCGAGCUUUAGGGCAGAACAAAUCUCACACCCCUUUCCGGGAGAGCAAGCUGACCCAGGUGCUGAGAGACUCUUUCAUAGGAACAAAUUCAAGGACCUGUAUGAUAGCAAUGAUUUCUCCAGGCAUGAGUUCGUGUGAAUACACCUUAAACACAUUGAGAUAUGCUGACAGGGUGAAAGAGCUCAGCCCUCAUAAUGGAAGUGGUGAAACACAAAAUCAGAUGGAGACUGAGAAUGAGGAAACAGAAGGCUCAGGUCCCCAGUACAGUCUCUGCAAGGAUGAGGAUGAAGAUAUCUCUCCCCACAUGUUCAGCUUUCGUGAGGCUAUGACUCAAAUUAGUGAACGGGAGGAGAAGGUUGUAGAACAGCUUAAAGAACUGAAACAGAGACUGGCAACUGAACUUGACUACCUCUUGGGAAUCACGGAGCAGCCAGACUACGAUCUUGAGACCUUUGUGGGCAGAGCUAAGUCCUUUGUAGAGGAGAGCUUAAGAAACUUCCUGAGUGUUGGAGAAACUCUGGAUGCUCUGGGGACUGCUAUGCAGCUGGAGGAGCAAGCCAGCAAGCAGAUGAGAUGGAAGAGGCCUUAG